AUGACGUUUAGAAACACGGCAGGGCCACACAAUGAGCAAGCGGUGGCGUUUCUCUCAGGGUCAGACCAUUCUGCCGUGUACAAUUGCAGCAUGGAAGGCUACCAAGACACGUUGUAUACUGCAGCCAAUAAGCAGUUCUACAAAAACUGCAAGAUCUUUGGAACUGUAGAUUUCAUCUUUGGCGACGCUCUGGCCGUGUUCCAAGACUGUGAAAUCUUCGUUAGAAAAACAGUACCUAGGGGAGGUUUGGUGGUUACAGCUCAUGGACGAAAGUAUCAUAACGAAAGCACGGGAUAUUGUUUGCAAGGUUGUACAAUAACUGUUGCCGCGGAUCUCAAGCCGUUUAUCAGCGAGUAUAGUAAGGCUUUCCUAGGAAGACCUUGGCAUCCAUAUGCCUUCACUAUGUAUAUGGAAUCAUUUAUUGAUGAUUUGGUGGAUCCACAAGGAUGGCUUGAUACUUGGGGUUACAAUGAAACUACUUUUUGUGGCGAGUACAUGAAUUAUGGGCCGGGUGCAUCCACGGAUCAGAGAGUUAAAUGGCGUGGUUAUCAUGUCAUUAAUGACCCAAAUAUCGCAAAAUAUUUCACGGUUUCUAAGUUCAUUUUAGGCAAUCAAUGGCUUCCUGAAACCGGCGUGCCUUUUAUAUCAGCGUUUCAAAUUCUUUAG